UUCAUCUUUUCUGAUGAUUAGUCCUUUCCCAAUUAUAUGAAAUCCUAUUGUUUAACUUCCAGUCCAAUCUGCCUCAAACUAUGGAGAAGGGGUACAGAUCAAGAAGGGAGCCCGGUGAUGAGGACGAAGCCUUCACACCCAUGUCUGAUAAGAGGACAAUUUACCUGGUCAACGUUUUCGUCGUGCACACUGUAAGAUUUCUCAACAGAUUCUCAGCCUUGUGCGAGCAAAAACUAGCAGAAGUACACAGGAGAAUUUUGCGUUUGGAUGCAACACUAACUCUUUUAGAGGCAAAGUUGAAGAGUGUAGAUGGUUUAGAAGAAGUUGGGCAAACUUCCUCCUUCCAUGCAUCGCCAGAGUUAUCAUCUUCUGAAAACCCAGCAAAUGAGACUGGAGAAUCAUCAAGUGAAGGCGUUCAACUUUCACUUAAAACCUGUGAAACCUCAGAGGAACAAAACAACUCAACAGUAUCGGCACCAAUCCCUGAACAACCUGUGGAAAUGCUUAGGGAUGAUCCAAAGCUUUCUCGAUUUUUUCGAAUGCUGCGUGUUGGUGUUCCUGAACAAGCAGUAAAGAUGCAGAUGUCAAUUGAAGGAUUGGAUCCUUAUUUAUUAAAUCUAUCUGAUGCCUCUCAACCACCUAGUUGAUCCGGUUCUCAGUUAGAAAAGGGUUGGCACAUGCAGCACCUUUUGAUAUUAAUUCAUGUUUGACAUGAUCUAUUUGAAUUCAUAUUUCAGAGUAUACAAAUAAAAGGACUUCACAAUUUUACAUGAUCUCAUACCCCAGCAGAAGUUAGACACAUCACUGUCAUGUCCAGAGCCUUCAAUGGAAUUCAGUUGUUGAAGAAUUGUUUCAUGAUUCUGGAGAAAAAAGCCUUGCAAGCGAUGAUAUAAUCUCAAGUUUCCCUUAUAAAUUCCCCUCUCAUUCCAAUUGGACAAUUGUGUAAUUUUGUUUCCCUUUCUUUGUUAUGCCAAAAAAUUAUUGAAUUAUGUAGAUGUAACUCAGAAUUACUAGCCAAGACCUAACAAUAGCUAUGCCUACCCAUGUUUAUAUAAGCAGGCAUGGCUUGUGCUUGUAAUGCUCUAGACAAAAUUUAUUUAGUUAUUUCAUUAUUGAAAUUGUUCA